GUUAUACCAAGCGAUAAACAAGGCAUAACAAUAAAAUAUUAAAUAUCGAUAAAUCAAUAGCAUGUGUAAUUAAAUUGUUGUAAAAUUAUGUUUGAGUAGAAAAUACUUUGUGUGGAUAUAUUGCAAACAUGGAAACCACUCCAUUACUAUCCAGACCUAAGAGGAAAUCUUUAUGGUCAAGAAUUAGCUUCCGUAAAAAAGAGUUGACAUCUAGAGUCAUUUACUUGGGGCAACUACCAGAUGAAGACUUUCCACCAAAUUUUAUUUGUAAUCAAAAAUAUAGUAUUUUAACAUUCCUUCCACUGGUAUUGUAUGACCAAUUCCGAUUUUUUCUAAAUCUUUACUUUUUGGUCAUGGCACUGAGUCAAUUCAUACCGAGUAUUCGUAUUGGAUACCUGUAUACAUACUGGGGUCCGCUGUGUUUUGUUUUGGCAGUCACACUGUUCAGAGAGGCAGUGGAUGACUUCAGGCGAUACAGAAGGGACAAAGAAGUGAAUAGGCAAUGCUACGAGCGUGUGGUUCUUGACCAGAACAUAAAUGAUUACCAACCAUUUGUGACGGAGCGCGUGCCCGCGUCGGCACUGAGAGUUGGCGACAUAGUCAUGCUGCAUAAGGGGCAAAGAGUGCCAGCAGACAUGAUUCUACUGAGGACUAACGAGACAAUGGGUACUGUAUUUAUACGAACAGACCAAUUGGAUGGGGAAAUAGAUUGGAAAUUAAGAAUACCAUUACCCUCUACUCAGAAACUCCCGACUGAUGCACAUCUUCUCGAUAUAAAUGCUCAAAUAUUUGUGGAAAAACCAGAAAAAGAUAUACAUUCCUUUAUUGGAACUUGUACUAGACUGGAUGAAGAAGAGAAUGAUUCUUUGGACAUCGAGAACACACUGUGGAGCGGCUGCGUCGUGGCUUCAGGCCAAGCUACUGGAUUGGUUAUUUACACAGGUAGUCAAACGCGUAGUGUGAUGAACAACUCGACGCCGCGGUCCAAAGUCGGCCGCCUCGAGCUGCAGGUCAACGACCUCACCAAGCUCCUCUUCGCGGCUACACUCCUCACCUCCUUCCUGAUGAUUGUACUGAAAGGUUUCAAUGGUCCUUGGUACGGAUUUCUCUUUAGAUUUGAACUGCUGUUUUCAUACAUCAUUCCUAUUAGUUUAAGGGUAAAUUUGGAUAUGGGCAAAGUCUUCUACUCGUGGACUAUACAGAAAGACAAGAAAAUAGAAGGCACUGUGAUGCGAUCGACGACUAUUCCAGAGGAACUGGGUAGGAUACAGUAUCUACUCGCUGACAAAACUGGGACGCUGACUAAAAACGAGAUGGUGUUUCAAAAGCUGCAUUUAGGAAAUGCUCUGUACGACAACAAUCUGUUUUAUGAGGUGGAAGGGUUGCUGACGCAAUAUCUGACAAACGAGUCUCACUCGGCGCCAGCGACGCCCAUACUGGAGAGCUCGGAGCCUCUGUCGCCGCCGCCGCAGCAAGUGUGGCGCGCGGUGCUGGCCCUGGCGCUGUGCCACAACGUCACGCCAGUCUACGAGCUGGACGACCAGAGGGCCGACGAGGCGCAGUCAGACAUGGGAAGCUCUAUGAUGUCGGAGAGCUGCGGCGGCGCCGUGCCGCAGCAGGAGCUGUGCGACUACCAGGCCUCCAGCCCCGACGAGGUGGCGCUCGUCAAGUGGACCGACCGGAUGGGUGUAUCCCUGUACCGAAGAGAUUUUAGCAGCAUCGCUUUGAAGCUGCGAGCAACCAACGAGAUCAUGCAGUUCUCCAUACUGCAGAUUUUCCAUUUCACCAGUGAAAGCAAGAUGAUGGGUAUUAUUGUGCAGGAGGAAGUAUCCGGAGAGAUAACGUACUACGUGAAAGGCGCAGACGUGGCGCUCGCACCCCUCCUAGAGUCUCCCUGGCUCAACGAGGAAUGCAAGCGGCUGGCGGCCGAGGGCCUGAGGACUCUGGUCGUCGCUAAGAAAAUUCUAACUAAGAACGAGUAUUUGGAAUUUGAGAGUGAAUACAAAGAGGCUAGACUGAGCGUGACGAACCGCGCGGAGAAGACGAUGGCGGCGAUGUCGAAGCUGCAGUGCGGGCUGCAGCUGCUGGGACUGACCGGCGUCGAGGACAGGCUCGCCGACCACGUGCCCGAGACCAUGGCCAUGCUGCGCGCCGCCGGGAUCAAGAUCUGGAUGUUGACCGGCGACAAACUGGAGACGGCGUUGUGCAUCGCGCGCUCGCUGCACCUCGGCGGCGGCAGCAGGUGGUUCGUGGCGCCGGAGUGCAGCUCGCGCCGCGACGCGCACGCGCUGCUGCGCGGGCUCGCCGCCGCCGCCGGGCAGGACCUCAUCAUCGAGGGCGAGACGCUCGAGAUGUGUCUGCAGUGUUACGAGGAGGAGCUGGUGGAGGUGCUGUGCGGGUGCUCGGGCGUGGUGGUGGCGCGCUGCUCGCCCACGCAGAAGGCGCGCGUGGCGCAGCUGCUGCGCGCGCGCGGCCGGGUCGUGGCCGCUGUGGGCGACGGUGGCAACGACGUCGCCAUGAUACAAGAAGCCGACAUAGGGGUAGGCAUCGAGGGCGCGGAGGGCCGCGCCGCGUCGCUGGCGGGCGACGUGAGCGUGCGCGCGUUCGCCAGCCUGGCGCGGCUGCUGCUGGUGCACGGCCGGCGCGCCGUCAUGCGCUCCGCCGCGCUCUCGCUCUUCAUCGUGCACCGAGGGCUCAUCGUCUCCACCAUGCAGGCGGUAUUCAGCGUUGUUUUUUACUUCUCAUCUGUCUCACUCUAUCCCGGGUUCCUGAUGGUUGGCUAUGGUACCCUGUUCACCAUGCUGCCAGUAUUUUCUUUGGUCCUUGAUAAAGACAUUCCUAGCUCUACUGCUCUCAAAUAUCCUCAACUGUAUAAACAAUUGACGAAAGGGAGACAAUUGUCAUACAAGACUUUCUACAUUUGGACAGGAAUAUCUAUAUAUCAAGGCGGCGUGAUAAUGUACGGCGCGCUGGUGCUGUUCGAGGACCAGCUAAUCCACAUCGUUGAGAUCAGCUACACGGCGCUCAUCCUCACCGAGCUCAUCAUGGUGGCGCUCACCGUGGACACCUGGCACCGCCUCAUGGUGGUGGCCGAGCUGGCCAGCCUGCUCAUGUACGCCACCACGCUGCUCGUCUUCAAUAGCUACUUCGAUUCAGAUUUCAUCAAGCACUGGGAUUUCUGGUGGAAGGUAACGACGAUAACUCUCGUCUCUUGCUUGCCGCUGUACAUCGUCAAGUUCAUGCACCGCAAGUGGAGCGCUCGCCAGUACCGGAAUAUACGGAAAUGAUCUUUGAGUGUUAGGGCAUAGGGCUCACAUUAUGCCCUAACAUAACGUGUGUUCAAUUGGUGUACCGUGAAACCAUUUAUUUGUGGCUUGGACGGCAAAAAUGUCCAUUGAGAAAAGUGCUAGGUUACUUUGUGAUUUGCUUACUGUUUUACCAAAUUUACGAUCAGUUUCCACAUUUAUUCUUGAUACAUAUUUUAUCGAUGUAGCUAAGUUGUACGGUUUCAUGGUAUAUUACCUUUUGUAAUCGGUUAUCUACAAUGUUUUGUCUAAAUAUAUACGCACAUAUACAAUAAUAAACCCACUAUAAUGCGUUCAUAAACCGCAAAUUAUGAAAAAGCAUAAAAUAAACUAAACUAGCAAAACUUUCGGAGACGCCGCCUCAUAUCCAGGUCAAACACGUUUCAGAAAAAGGUCUCUUCUGUGAACAAAACAACAAAAGUUAACGACUUGUGCUACAAUUUUAUGUAACACAUUUGUAUUAUUUAAAUCUCAAGUACAGGAACAGACCCAUACGGAUGGGUCAAAGACCUCACGGGAGUUCUGCCACAAAGAAACGAUACCACAAUACCGGUAAAAAUAUGCAGUUCCUGAACACAUCAUAUAAAGCUUGUAAUAUGUGUGUAGAUAAAACAUUGUAGCUACGUAACUGCACUAUUAUGUAACUGUGAUCCUUUUGUGACUCACUUUGUUCGUUUCAUAAACCCAUGCUGCUGUUUUAUUACCUUUCAAUGUAGCAGUCACAUUACUAAUUAGUAAACUACUAUAUUAUUAAACCAGAUCUGAUACUCUAGACCAGAUAGAUAUUCUCGCUCCUAAUAUUUAUGUAUGCCGUCAACACAUUUAACUAACAAUUUGUAAAGUUUAUUUAUUGUAACAAGAUAAGGCCUAAAAAUGGUCAGUUCAGUGGGUUGCUGUUAGUAUAAAUACAGUCGCCGUCAGGUAUAUCGGAGCGUACCAGGUGCUCAAGAAUAAUUAAUAUAAUUAUCUGUACACGCACUAAAGCGUUGACACUAGAGGCGUGUUCAGAUAUUUGUGACCACCACAGAUAUGGAUAUACCUACACUAUAUCUGUGUGAUCACUGAUCACCUUAUGGCCGCUCCGAUGCGCCGCUGCGCCUAACGAGACAUGUACUCCUUCACCAUCCCGGUUCAUAAUAGGAGCUUGCCGAGGAGAUAAGUGGCGCAAACUGGUGUUCGACGGUCGUAAAAUCCACGUUGACACCAGGUUUAAGACACUCGCAACAAAGCGGGCCAAGCGUCAUCAGCGCGACAUCUGUUCGCUACGGGCACACUACGCCUGCCUGUCCCGCGGUCGUGGUUGCCACCCCCGUAUUGGCUAGUACAGCCAUGAGAAGCACUCACCCUGCCUGACACCGUUUGUAUGGUCUGUUGUAAUAGACUGGUGUUGGCCAUGAUGAUGUGGCCGCUCCGAUAUAAGUGAUGACGACUGUACAUAUUAUAAAUUCAGAAUAACUAUUGACAUUCUGAAGAUGUAAGUCUAUGUUAAUUAGAAUUACUAGUAUUUAUUACAAACAAGUAUUUAUAUCGACGUUGUCGUAUUGUGAUUGUUUGAGUCCCAAGUUUUAGAUAUACCUACUUUAUAUGUGAUUUAUUUCGGUCUGGAUGUCUGUAGUGAAGAUGUUUCCUACUUCAACCUGAUGUAUCUAAAUUAACUAAGAUGACUGUAGGACAUACUGUGAAAACUGUGAUGCGAACAUUACAUAUAUACAGGGUGAAAUUUAAAUCACUGGCCCUAGGCCGGCACGGCCGGCUAGGCUGGCACUAGGUUACACUUAAGGAAUCUAUUUAGCGAAAAAAAAGAGUACAUUUUUUUUUAAUUUUCAUUUUUCAAUUUUUAAAUAUUUUCCACGAGUCGUGGUCACCCUAUUACCACAAAUGUAAACAAACCUAAUAGUAGGUUUUAACAACAACAUCAGCAAAACCCUUAUCUGACCUUCACUAAACCUUAUAAUCGUUGCAAUAGGGUCCACCUAGUUAGUGUUGGCGAUGGUAGGCAGGUUUAUCAAUUUCGAGGGUAGUCUAAACCAUUCCGCGCUAGCGGUAAACAUAACGGUUAGCAUAAAUGAUUAGUCACUCGUCACUCGCCAACCUUAAAAUAAUAAUCGCGCGCGUACUAAGGUUUAAAAAAAUGUUUUCGAACCGGGAAUAUUAGGAAAUGGUACGGUGUUAUUUAUUAAGUGGUGAGUGUUUACGUGGUGCACAAAGAUUAUACGAAAUGGAAUCAGUUCCACGCCUUCGCAGACAAGGAUUGAAUCCAAGAGUACCAUCUCGUGGGACUUUCGUUAAUUGCGUCGACUUUUAAUCAAAUGUAAGUACAUAAGUUGAUUCAAUUUUUUAAAUACGCCUGAAUGCAAAGAUUCCUGACCUAGUUUUUACUCAUUGUUUUUAAGCCACGGACGUUUUGUUAAUAAUCAUUAGUCAGAAAUAAUAUUUUAGAUUAAAAAUGGGUUGCCGUUUUGACGGUUCUAAGCCCGUUAAAGUAUGAAGGAAAAAUUAGCAACUUAUGUAGGUAAGCGUCUUAUGUCGCUGCAAUAGGGUUCAUAAUUGGUGACGCUAUUGCAAACAGCGGGAGAGGCGGGGUGUCAAUGACCUUAACUGAUAAGAGAGAAGCGGGUGUAGUGGGUAGUUGUCGGUUCACCAUAACGUACGAGGUUUUUAGGACAACUUGAUGAUGAGUUAUUUCGAAAAAAAUGUACUGAGCGGUAUUAAAAGAAAAAACACGUGUUUAAUAUUUUUUCGAGUUCUUUCGGGUGUUUCAAUUUGGCCAGUGAAUUAAAUUUCACCCUGUAUAUGUAUGUAUUAUACAUAUUAUUAUAUGUAGGUAGAUUAAAGAGAUGUUGCAAAUUUUAUUUUAUCCAUAAUAUAUAUUCGCACCUAAGUGUAAAAGUACGUUAUAUUAGUUUCUAAGGUACAAAAUGUAUUAAUGUGAUAUAUAAAUAUACUGUAUAGCUAA